UCUAUAUGUGAACGAUCCUAAGAAAAAUAAACUCAUGGAAUCAGGAGAAGAGAUCUCUAAGUAUUUCGAUAAGCCCCUUGUUCAGGAUCAAAUUCAUAUUCUCAUAAAACCUAGGGAUAAUUA